GCGUUCUGUCAGAUGUUCCAUGUUGCUUCUGCUGAGAAAGAGGAAGUGAUGAGAAGGGAAGUGUGAGCUCGGUUCCCUCGACUCGAGAACACAGACAGAUGAUUAUUCUCUCCAACUGGUCCCAGAAUGGCUCAAGGCUGCCUGAAGUGUUUAAAGUACACCAUGUGUUUCGCCAACUUACUUUGUUUUAUGUGUGGGGUGGCGGUGCUGAUCUUCGGCGUCUACAUGAUGGUGAACUUCAAGAUGGCUGCUCUCACCCCGACCUUGGCCAGCUUCACCUCCGCCAACAUGCUGCUGAUCAGUGGCAUCGUCAUCACCUGCGUGUCCUUCCUGGGCUUCCUGGGCGCUCUGAAGGAGAACCGCUGUCUCCUCCUGACGUUUUUCCUGGUGCUGUUCAUCCUGAUGCUGGUGGAGCUGACUGCAGCAUGCUUGCUGCUCAUGUAUGAGGGUCAGAUCGCUAGCAUGGUGAAAGACGAUCUCAACAAGGGUUUGGAAAAGGCAAAAGGAAAGAACGUCAACACCACGGAUGUGAUGAGUGAGUGGGACGUGGUUCAGGAGAAGCUCGAUUGCUGUGGAGUCCAUAAUUGGACAGACUGGGGAGACAAAGUGCCCGAGUCUUGCUGUCUGACCGAUUGUCGCACCCAAAACGCCAAGUACAGAGAAAAGGGUUGUUUGGAAACGUUGAAGAACUUGUUUGAGGAGAAUUUCCUAACCACUGGGAUUUCAGUCAUUGUCCUCUGCAUUAUCGAGGUCCUGGGAAUGUGUUUCGCCAUGACGCUCUUCUGCCACAUCAGCAGAUCCGGACUGGGCUACAAGCUAUAGACAAUAUUCUCUCAAACAAUAUGUCAGUGAUCUGCGUAUCUUACGGUUAAUAUUGUACAGUUAUUGUCCUUUGAUCAAAUCCCGUUGGCAGAGUUCUAGAAAAAGGGAUGUUUCUGGAAAAAGCAGCCCUUUUAGGAUCAUUAAAUGAUUAUUUUGUGGGAGCAAUGUGAUAUUAAUAAUCUUUGUUUUGCUUUGAUCCCAGAAUAUGUUUCAACCAAAUAAUUCUCAAGAAAACAUUAGAUUUCAGAAAGCUCUGGCUUCAGUAAUGAGAGUGAGUUAGAACUAAAAUGCUAUUUCAGGCCGAGCUGUGUGACGUGAACGCUGCUCGUUUCUCAACAUCUUUUACAGGGAAUCAUAAGGAAAAGCAGUCGUUUAUGUAACAUUGAAUAUAUGAUAGAACUUUCUUCCACAAUCUUUACAAACUUGAUGACUUUUGAAAAUCCUAUAAUGUCCCACUGAAGCAUUGUCUAUAGUAUUAAAGUCCUCCAUUUUGACUAAA